CGCUUGCGCGGUUCAUCGCUGAUGGAUGCUGAGCGUCGUCUCGUCGCUAGUGCCGACACGGCUUGUUCCUUUGCUUUAGUUGCUUCAUUCCCGCUGCGCUCAAAACUAUGAGAAGAAAGUCAAGAAUCCUGCUGUGCUUCGCCUUCCUCUGGGUUUUGGGGAUCGCUUAUUACAUUUACCUGGGCAGUGGGACGAACCGGAAGGAUGAGUGGAACUCUAUAGAUCCAGAUAAGAGAAAGAAUGGUCAGAACAAUAAAGCAGAAGGACAAGCACAGAAUAUGGAGACAUUACCACCUGGGAAAGUGAGGUGGCAAGACUUUGAUCAGGAAGCUUACAUUGAGGUCACUUUAGUAAAGAAUGGACAGGAUCCAUAUGCACGGAAUAAGUUUAAUCAGCUGGAAAGUGACAAACUUCGAAUGGAUAGGAAUAUUCCAGACACCAGGCAUGAUCAGUGCAGGCGGAAGCAGUGGAACACUGACUUAAUAGCAACCAGCGUGGUUAUCACCUUUCACAAUGAAGCAAGAUCAGCAUUGCUUCGUACCAUUGUCAGUGUGCUUAGAAAAAGUCCACCACACCUGAUCAAAGAAAUAAUUUUGGUUGAUGAUUACAGUGACAACCCUGAAGAUGGCACUUUGUUAUCAAAGAUUGAGAAGGUCCGAAUUCUUCGAAAUAACAGACGGGAAGGGCUAAUGCGUUCACGUGUCAGGGGAGCUGAUGCAGCACAAGCAAACAUCCUUACAUUUCUUGACAGCCAUUGCGAAUGCAAUGAACACUGGCUAGAACCUCUCCUGGAGAGGGUGGUUGAGGAUAAAACAAGAGUAGUUUCUCCAAUAAUUGAUGUAAUCAACAUGGACAAUUUCCAGUACGUUGGAGCUUCUGCUGAUCUAAAAGGCGGAUUUGACUGGAAUCUGGUCUUUAAAUGGGAUUACAUGACUCCAGAACAAAGACGAGCUCGUCAGGGUAAUCCAAUUGGUCCCAUUAGAACGCCCAUGAUAGCUGGGGGUCUCUUUGUAAUGGAUAAAGGUUACUUUGAAGAACUUGGUAAAUAUGACAUGAUGAUGGAUGUCUGGGGUGGAGAAAACUUAGAAAUUUCUUUUCGAGUGUGGCAAUGUGGGGGCAUCCUUGAAAUCAUUCCUUGUAGUCGGGUAGGUCAUGUAUUCCGCAAGCAGCAUCCCUAUACGUUUCCAGGAGGCAGUGGUACUGUUUUUGCAAGAAAUACACGCAGGGCAGCAGAAGUCUGGAUGGAUGAAUUCAAAAAUUUCUACUAUGCAGCAGUGCCUUCAGCUCGGAAUGUGCCAUUCGGCAAUAUUCAGAGCAGGUUAGAAUUGAAGAAAAAACUGGCCUGUAAACCAUUUAAGUGGUACUUGGAAAAUGUUUAUCCAGAGCUAAGGGUCCCUGAUCACCAAGAUAUUGCUUUUGGAGCUUUACAACAAGGUUCCAAUUGCCUGGACACACUGGGCCACUUUGCAGAUGGUGUUGUGGGUGUCUAUGAAUGUCACAAUGCAGGAGGCAAUCAGGAAUGGGCACUAACAAAAGGCAAAUCAGUGAAACAUAUGGAUUUGUGCCUUACUGUGGUCGACCGGGUGGCUGGUUCUCUCAUAAAGUUGCAAGGAUGCAGAGACAAUGACAGCAGACAGAAAUGGGAACAAAUUGAGAAUAACUCAAAACUAAGGCAUGUGGGCAGCAAUCUUUGUCUUGACAGUCGGAACACCCGGAGCGGCGGACUCACUGUAGAAGUCUGCAAUCCAUCCCUUUCACAACAGUGGAAAUUCACUCUUAAUUUACAGCAGUAAUAGAUAUGGACCAUUAAAUUUUGGAACUUUCAAUGUGGACAAUAUUUAAAUUGGUAAAUCAAGUUUGCAUUCAACCAUAUACCUCGAUUUUUGAAAGAGUUCCAUAUUACAUCUUUCUUUGAAUUAAUGUAUCGAGUGUCUAAACUUGUUGGUUUCAAUUACUUUAUAAAUGUAUAUUAUUUCUUUUCAAUUAGCAAAGUCCCUUCCCUUCUGAUCUUAAAUAGGACGGUACACACACAUUUCCAUCACAGCAAGAAUCAUUUCAGUCCUUCUGUUGUGGAAGUUUCCCAAAUAAGAAUUUCUGUUCUAUAGGAAAUGCACUGCACUGAAAAUAAAGGCUGCUUAUGAGGACAUCAAACAUUUGCGCCUUUAAAGAAGGUGGUGUCCAGCUCUGUACUGUUUCAAAAUUCACAUUAGUUUUUAUGAUUAAUUUUUGUAUUGACUAUUGUCCAAAUGCAAAGCUACUGUGUCUUUCUCUGAUGUUCAGUUUUUUGCUGUGGUGUACAGAUGCCACAACUGUAAUUCAGCAUAUGAUGAGUUUUGUAAGCCAUGAAGAAUUGAUUAAAAAAGGCAAGAACGAUGUUGGAAAGCUAAACGAUAUCCAAAAAAAGUCACGUGCUCUUCUUGCAUUUUAUGUCUAUGUUACAUUCAGCUAAAUCUCAGCACUUUUCUUAUUUCUUUCUGUGCCCGGGGUAGGUGGGUGUGGGGAGGUAUAACAUCGCAAUUACAAGGCACUAACACUUGCCAAGUGUUAUUUAAUGGAUCAAAGUCAGUUGACAACUCAAAGAUAUUUUAUAUUUAUUAUGUAAGUAGCUGUGUUAAGAGACUAAUGCACCAACAUCAUUCCUUUCAUUUGUGAUUCCAGCUUGCACUUUCUGUAAAAUCAUCCAAUAAUUGACCAGCGA